CAAAUAAACUGUCAAUUAUUUCAAAUUCUUCGGUCUCUGAAACGAAAUUGUGUGUUCCAUUCUCAUGUUUUCUGUUGAUCUUUUCAGCGUUUUAUUUGCAAUAUUUUAGCUCAGCUCGGUCAGUUAGCUCUAAGUAAAGUAGAAGCAUGAAAAAUUAAUAAUCUUUCGAUUAAAUACUUUUGUUAGACCUAUGUAACAGUAUUAAGUCAAAUAAUGUAUUUCUCGUCUAUCAGUUCACAAUUAUUAUUGUACGAUGCUAACAGCUGGGAUCUAAAGAAGUCGUACGGUUGCUACGAUGGUGUUCUAAGGGAUAUAUCCUGGAGUGAUGACAGCAAAUAUCUUUUGCAGGUAAAUUCCAAGGGGCUGGUGGAAAUAUUAAGUGCUGCUGACAAUGACGUACGCAGUCUGCAGCACAUACCUCUCCGUGAUACAUGGUCGGCCAGUUUCCACAGAGAUGGACACAGAAACAUUGCCAUUGGCACUAAAAAUGGCAAUGUUAUGAUCUGGGACACAAAGAACAAAACAAUUACAAAAACAUUCCCCACUCCUGUUCAACAAUCCAGUGUUAACUAUUUAAGUUACAAUGCAAAGAACACCAGCCUAGCUGCUGCCAUGCAAAAUGGAGAAACAGUCAUUUAUGGCCUCGUUUCAAACAUACCAGUCUUGACAGUGAAACUAUCUUGUUCUAGAAGUAUAUCAGCUAUGAAAUUCCAUCAUGAAUCCAGAGCUCUCCUUGGAUUAGCCACUGAUGAGGGACACAUAGUUCUACGAGAUAUAACAACAAAUAAAGACAAAGUAUUUUUCGAAAAUGUUCAUGCUUCACCUGUCAGUGAUUUCUCUUUUUCUCUUAUUAACAAAGAUGUUUUAUUAUCCAGUGGAUAUGAUAAAGUAAUGCAUGUUUAUGAUGUAAGAUUGCAAAAUGUUGUAUCUACAAUUCGCACUCCAUACACUUUAACAUCAUUAGCAAUAAAUAUAGAAAAUCAGGUAGCUCUUGGAACUAAAAAUGGUCUAGUUAUGAUUUAUGAUUUGAGAGACUUGUCAGAUCCUUUUAAGGUUUUGAAAGGACAUGAUGAAGAGGUUCGUAAAGUUGCAUUCCAGCCAAGUAAAAAGAAGAUGCUGACGCCAGCUGACAUUAGCCUUCAAGAAGAUACAGAAACAUUGUCACCACUUAAAAUCAAUUCUCCAAUCCGCGGCAGAACUUCUGACAUGUUCUUUGUUAACGAUACACCGCCUAAAAAUCUUGAGGUAUCAGUUCAAGGAGAUGCUAAGGCAGACUCUUUCCUUGUUAUGAUGGGACUUGAUAAGUCCAAUAUAGAAUUUGAUGAUGAUGGAAAUAAUAAGUCUGCUGAUCCUGAGAGAAAAAGUGAUAGAAAUGAGUUAAGAUAUCGUCAAUUAGAUGCUGAGAAGAACAUCAGUAAAAUAUCAACACCACUCAACAGCAGAACAGCGGAGAACCUUGGCUUCCCGUCUCCUAUAGGAAUCACUAAUGGUAUUCCAGAUGACGGUCGAGGUUCACAGUUCAAUUUGUCUAAUAUCAAACAAGCAAAUUCUAAUGUGAAUGUUGCAAAUAUGGAUACAAAUGCUUUAGAAGAAAUGAAAGAUUUUGUGAAGUUGACACUUGCAGAUGUUGCCGAUGAUAAUAGGAAUUAUUUCCUUCACAUCAUGAUGGCUCUUACUAAACAGAAGUUGUUUUUGGAAAAACAGUUGGUAGGCAUGAACGAGCAGAUACAGCACCUGGUCCAGAACCAGAAUGCUCUGGUCGAGAUCAACAGGAAGUUGGCUUUGGAGAUUGAUCAGCUAAAGAUUCAAAGGCAUCCAUUUUAAUUUUUCUUUAAUUGUUGAGCGAAAGCCAAAAAUUAAAAAGUGAAGUGAAGACAGUUGAAAUAGAAUCUCAAAGUAUUAAUUUAUAUCAAUGACUACUCACAAGAAAUAAAAUUCUAAUUAACAUCAUUAGCAAUAAAAUAUUCAAUGAAGUAAUAAAUUAUUUUGAAUAUUAAUAUUAGUAAGAUGGGAAUUACCCAUCCAUAAGGCGCUUUCAGAUUCCUUAACAUAUUUUGUCUUCAUCAAUACACUAAGUAUUGAUGAAGACAAAAUAUGAUGAAGAUAAACUAUCAUCACAAAAUGAAUUACUAUAAAGAAAAAAGUUGUAUUUGAUCUUCUUUUUAGAAAAUAUCAUGUUAAAAUAAGUUUUUCCCUCGAAGGGAUUAUGUGCCAUUGAAGCCCCAAUGAAACCAUUAGACAAUAAAAAAAUCGAAAGUAUAUAUUGUUGAUCUCCUGCUACUUAUGGUUAUUUAAGACCGAAUUUAAUUUGUUGUGUCAUAAUGUAUGUGUAAAUGCAAUAAAGAUUCACUAACUAGAAAAA